AUGGGCGUGAAUCGAAGUAACAGUAUUCUAUCAUCAGGGUCUCACAACAGCAAGACAAUUCAAAAUAUCGAAAAAAAAAUGGAAGGCUUACCAUCGCCGUUGAUUACAGCCUCUAAUAUAUCGAUAAACCCAAAUGAGAAUCGUUUAGAAAAAGAGUCUGAUAUGACAGAUAUCAGUGAAAUAAAAGACACAGAUUUUGAUAGUGACAAGUCGAAGGAAGAGCAAAGUUCUAUAGUACGCAACGAGAAACAUCCAGAAACGGCUUUCACAGCUCUAGAACCUGAAAUUGCAUAUAAUCCACCAUAUAGUGCGUUUUCAAACUAUCAGGUUGUGAGCAUACUAUUAAUUAUAAUUUACAUUGGGUUCUUAGGACCCGUGACAGGUAACAUUUACAUUCCCGCACUACCUAUUCUUCAAUCCGAAUUUAAUACUAGCACAACUGCUAUCAAUGGUACAGUUGCUGCAUUUAUGGGUGUUUUUGCAGUAGGACCCUUCUUGUGGGCAGUACAUGCUGAUUUUGGAGGUAGGAAAUUCUUGUACAUUUUCUCCUUAAUGAUUGCACUUAUUGCCAACGUUCUUCUUGCAGCGGUUCCUAAGCAUUUGGCCGCUCUUUACAUCUUAAGAGUGUUUCAAGCCAUUGGAACUAGUGCUGUAAUUCCGUUAGGGGUUGGAACUGUCAGUGACCUUAUAUCUCCAAUGAAUAGAGCCAAAGGUGUCUCAUAUUUCAUGUUAGGACCAAAUAUGGGCCCAAUUCUUGGGCCCAUAUUUGGAGGGUUAAUAUUAAUGAAUGGUAAUCAAUGGAGAUGGUUAUUCGGGUUCACUUCUAUUACUACUGGCGUGGGGUUAAUUCUAAUAGUAACGUUUUUGCCGGAAACUCUUCGAUGUAUCGUUGGGAAUGGUGAUCCACGGUGGAAGGAAGAUUCAGAAUUUCCAGCUUCGUUAAGUAUAGAGGAAUCUUCACAAACAAAGGAAGAGUCCGUUGUCAAGCCACACAUGCAAUUAUUCCGUGACUUGGGCCUACAGAAACCAGUCAACGACACUCCAGUAUUUGCCAAAUUGUACCCAAGGCCACCUAAGCCAACAUGGCGUUCAUAUUAUCUGACAUUUCUUGAGUUGAGAGUCAUUAUAUGUUCCAUUUCAACAGCAAUCCUAUUCUCCUCAUACUACUGUUUCAGUGUUAUUUUAUCGCAUGAGCUCCAUUCGAGAUUCGGUUUCAACAACCUCCAAAUUGGUGCUUGUUACGUGUGUCCUGGUAUUGGAUUACUAUGUGGUUCAUUAAGUGGAGGUCACCUAUCAGAUUUUUUCAAGGCAAAAUCAAAGAAAUGGAUUCCAGAGUAUAGGCUCUGGUUUCAAAUUUGGGGUCUAGCGAUUAGCAUGGCCGGUUGCUGCGGUUUUGGCUGGGCCAUUGAAAAGGAACUACAUAUAGUCGUUAUAUUGGUUUUUUCUUUCUUGUUGGCAUUCGGUAUGACGUGGUGCUCAAAUGCUACGAUGACAUUUUUGACAGAACUGGAUAGGAAAAAGACAGCAACCCUGGUUUCUAUCAGUAGUUUUUUCAGAAACGCAGCCGCAGCAGUAGCAUCAGCAAUAGUUUUCAAAUUAAUCGAGGCAAUGGGGGCUGGAUGGUGUUUCACUGGUCUUGCAUUCUGUGACUGUGCUACGAUCGCUGGAAUCGUGUAUCUAAUGAUCAAAGGUAAAAAACGUAGACAGUCUUCGCAAAGUGACGUAUGA